UGCACUUCUGCGUGUCGUCUCUGGAUAGACCUGUUCUCUACUGGUCUGAUCUCUAACGAUCUCAGCGUCGAUGGCCGAUCCAGAGGACUUUUUAUACGAGGCUUCUGAAUUCCUCUACGGUCAUGGUCCCGUCGCACAUUCGUCCGCGGGCUCCCUUUUCACCCAUCACCCUCGCAACGGAGGCCCCUCUGUGACUGUCAUGACUCCAGAUACACAAACAGCUAACUGGUCUCUGCACGCGACAUCAAUCUGGUCUGCUGCCAUCUACGUCGUUGAUCACAUAGACGACUUCUGCAUAGAUCAUCACUACGACCUGAUCAAGCAUGAAGGUCGCCCUCUCAGAGUGCUCGAGCUCGGCGCGGGAGCAGGCCUACCCGGCAUCUUCAUCGCGAAGAAGUAUCCUCACACGAUGGUGACCUCCAGUGACUACCCAGAUGAGCUCCUCAUCCGCACGCUCGCGGAAAACGCGAAGCGAAACGAUGUCGAGGAUCGGUGUCACGUUGUACCGUACGCCUGGGGAUCCGACCCAGCCCUGCUCCUGCAAUCCCAGAACGCGGACUCUGACCCCAUCCCUGGGUUCGACGUCGUUAUCGCCGCUGACACACUCUGGAAUAGAGACACACAUCAGGACCUCGUCCAAUCCCUCCAGACCACCCUAAAGCGCUGUCCCCAUGCCCGCAUAUACGUCGUCGCUGGGCUUCACACAGGGCGGUACGUCAUCCACACCUUCUACAAACAUGCUCUGGGCAUCGGCCUGCUCCCGGAAGCGCUCAAUGAGAGACGGGUUGACGCCUCGAAGGAAUCUCAGCGCUUGUGGUGGCCGGACCGCCCUGAUGAUCAAGACGAGCCGACGCGCAGGCGAUGGGUCGCCUGGGCGGUCUUCAAGUGGGGUCCCACUCUGACUAUCGGCACCUAUUCCCAUGGAGGUCCUCUAUCCUAGACAUUCUGUAUCGGAAUGUCUCAAGGAGUGUCAAGUAUCGAACAAUCAAUCGAUCACGUCAGAACCCCCCUCUCAUCACACGCACGGACAUGAGUCAACGCCACAAUGAUAUUUUCUCAUGGUAUCGACAUCCGCCUCUUCUUCAGCCACCCCUUCAUCCUCUGGAUUACCGACGGCCAUUUACGAACCUCGAACAUCGCCUUUGGUCGCAUCGCCUCUUCACUCUGUGAGAGAUCGUUAUAGCACGUGGAGCCCAAUGACCAGUCGGCUGUCGUAUCGUAGGUCGACUCGUCUCCUAGCAAACUCGGGGACGUCCACUCGAACCAUUCGUGUGGGACUACUUCGUGUGGGGCAUAUUGUCGCCCGAACGGGAUGUAGAAGCACUGUCAUCCGGUACCUCGUGUGUGAGCAUCGCCGGGUCAGGAGAGCCUUCUUUGCUCUCUGCGCUCGAUGGCGUCCCAAUUGCUACUCUCUACAUGUCAGACCUCGACAGAUGCGGAGGACGUUCGAGUACCCACAUCCCACGGAACCAUCGGUGCUUCUUCAGUUUGCGGAUGGAUGGCCUCUUCUUGGGGUCUUUCUCUAGCGUCUUCAUACGAGACAAGCCGUCAGCCAGGGUAUCAUUGCGAGAACACCAUACAGGUCUGACCUUUGCCAAGAGAUCCCUCACAUCCUCAUUUACGAGCCCACAUAAGUCGAGGUCGGCGGGCAGGCUAUCUGUCCUCGCUAUGACUUCCUCUAGACGCUGUUCCCUCGGUUGGAGACCGAACGGGAGCUGUGCCGUCACCUCAGUGGGUGCGUCACUAGAUCGCGAAUACGAGGUGUACUCACCCUUCCUGUCAACAUGCAAUACAACACGACUCCCGCUCCCCAGACGUCGACCCCAUAGGAGUACGUGCCCGAAUACACUUCCGGCGCAACGUACCCGGGGGUUCCCACCAACGAAUGUGUUUCGUCCACGUCCGGCCCACUCGACCUCGCCCUCCUCCUGUCGGCUCCAUCUCGUUCUUCCUGUUGGCCUUCGUCCCUUACGCUCCACGGCGAUAAUCGCGUCCACGGUCGGUCGGCGUUCGCCCUCCCGAAUGCGCGGGCGAUCCCGAAGUCGGUCAGGACGAUGUGCUUGUCUUCGUCGAGGAGGAUGUUGUCGAGCUUGAUAUCGCGGUGGAUGAUCCGCUGCUUGUGGAGAUACUCUAUCGCUACGAGCUUCAGAGGCCGUUAGUGACGUCUGCUGGGCAUCGACAGGGUCCAAAUACCGCUUACAAUCUCUGCGCACCAGAGGCGUGCCUGGUGUUCUGGCACGAUCCCAUUCCGCUUCAUCUCCGUCAUCAAGUCCCCGCGAGGAUAGUAUUCCUGCGCACGCACACAUAUCAGCAUAAGUCUCUUGCAGGCGGACGCCACCACGCACCGUCAGGAAGUAGAAGUUAUCGCUAUCCUCAAAGCUUCCCGCGAGCGGGACGAACCAGGGCGACGUCUCCCCCGCACCUGACCCUGUCCCUGUCGUCAGCGCUUGCAUGACCGCCUGCUCCUCGAACACGGGCGGGUACUCGCGCAGGCGCAGCCCGUUCUUCUCGACGACCUUGAGCGCGAACGGCCGUUCGGACACCGUGUCCUCGACGAGGUACACCGUCCCGUGCCCGCCCUUGCCCAGCACGCGGAGCGGGCGGAAGUCUGCCGCUGAGAGGACGCGGGCGUGCCGCGGGCGCACGGGAGAGUAAGAGGAGCAAUAGGGAGAAGAGGGGGAGGCAGAGGUGUUGGUGGUUGGGAUGGAGCUGGGAAUCGUGGGAGGUGAAGAGGGACAUGGCGAGGGCGAGAACGCCGGAGACGGGGAUCGGAGUGCGUGAAGGCAGACGGGGUCGCCGAUUGCAACGUCGGGGCUUGUCGCGGGAGAGAAAUCGAGAUCGAUGCCGACGUCCUUCACGCGGUCGAUCACGUCGAAUUCGUAGAGCGUCUGGGAGGGGACAAGGUUAUGGUCAGCGAAGAGCUUGGAGCGUGGCUGCGCUGAGGUUUAUGGCACGUACAUGUUCUCCGACUUCAUCGUACAUGCUGCCGCGCUCGUGAUUUGACAGCUGUGACUGCGGAUGGUCGCCGAAUCGCCGCACGGGGACCGAAGCGUGCGGAUAUGAGUCGAGUCAGGUCGAAGCGCAGGCGAUUUGUCGGCAAGGUAGUGGAGAACGCUCCUAGUGUCGAGACAUGUCCCUCGUCGAGAAUAGUGGAUAACAUUCUCCUCGGAGGCUGACGCUGUCUGCUCGUUCCCUCGUCAGCCCAGUCCGGAUCCGAGUAAGCAGUGUCCUUACUGAGGCAUCACAACACCGACCAAGCGCUUCUUGAAUCUACUGCGCGUAACUUCUGCCUCCACUCCAAUGAGUAUGGGUCAACGGACGAACGGGUUAGCCGGCUUGAUUGCUUGAGACGCGGUAUCAAUCACGCAUAGCAGAGGACACCGAGAUGAGGUGACCCUCAGGAACCGAAGGGAAGCGGGAAGAUAUUGUACGUAUCAGCGCCUUUCUUGCGGAUUCUCUCCAAGCCAAUGUGCUGAUAUUACAGUGCCUGCGCUUCUACCGCGCCACGCUGUCUUCGCCUUUACUACAAUUUCGUGCACAUCGUGACGACGGGUUGUCUUCGACGAACAUCGCAUAGCUUCCGUGUCGCAGAUAAGUGCCCUGUCAGUUCACGGGAUGCCCUGUGGUCUCGUCAAACUUUCACCAUCGCGUCUCCCCUCUCUCCUUCCCGGCUUUCAUUGGGAUCUUGCUGGUGGUCUUGUCGGUCAUCUAUAUGCGUUCGAUAUCAACACGGAAUGCACGUUCGCGUGGUCUCCCACUUUCUCCAGAACCCAGACCUCUCCCGUUCAUUGGCAAUGUCCUUGACUUUCCUAGGACCAAACAGGGAAUCGCUUUUCGGGACAUGUGCGCGCAAUACGGCGAUAUCCUACACUUCAAUCUUCUUGGCCAGCAUAUGCUUGUCCUCGGAAGACCUGACGUCGUCUUCGAGCUGCUGGACAAGCGAUCUGCCAACACAUCGGAUCGCUUUGUGACCCCGUUGAUUGUCCUGACAGGCAUGGAUAUGAAUCUCUCUGCAAUGCGGUACGGUGAGAGGUGGAGGCGCCACAGGCGUGCUUUCUGGCAGUACUUCCACCCAAGUGCACUGCCGACAUAUCAGCCGAUGCAACGUAAAGCCGCGCACAGGUUCCUGAAUAAGCUUCUUAAGACCCCAUCCCGGCUGAGGGAACCCAUACGCUUCACGUUCUACACAGCUGUGUUGGAGGUUCUCUUUGGCUACAGUGUUGCCGACGAUGGAGACGAGAUCAUGGCUAUUGUCGAGGAUGCACUGGAGUGGCCGGGUGAGGCGUUCACCCAGGGGAAAUAUCUCAUCGAGACGCUCCCGAUCCUUCGAUAUGUCCCUACGUGGUUCCCGGGCGCAACUGUGCAGAGGCUGAUUGUACACUGGCGGUCCACCGUGACUCGUUUGAAGGAAGAGCCUUAUCGUCAAAUCAAAGUAUCGAUAGCCCAUAACGAGGCACCAGAGAGUGUGGUCAGCAACAUGAUCACCACAAUGGUUAAACAAGAUGACGAGCCGUCAUCAAUAGAAGUGGAGGAUGUCAUCAAGAACGUAGCCGCGGUGACUGUCGAAGGCGCCUCGGACACGAUGUUCUCCACAGUGCAGACUAUGUUCAUGGCAAUGGCUCUCAACCCCGAGAUCCAGAAGAGAGCUCAAGCGGAGUUGGAUGCCGUGGUUGGCCCCCAUCGUCUCCCUGACUUCAGCGAUCAGCAGAACCUCGUCUAUGUUAACGCGACCAUCAGAGAGGCGUUGUGGUGGCAGGCAGUAUCGCCUUUCUCGCUUCCACACGUGACUGUUGAGGAUGACGAGUUCCGCGGCUAUUUCCUUCCCGCUGGGUCCAUUAUUCUACCGAACGUCUGGGCUUGCACCCGGAAUCCGGAGCUCUACGAGGAUCCCGACGUGUUUCGCCCCGAACGCUUCGUACACGAUGGCAAGGUCGAUUUCACCAGCCCGCCAGACCCUGCUCUGUUCGUGUUUGGUUUUGGGAGAAGGAUUUGCCCUGGACGUUACUUCGCCGAGAAUGGAUUGCUCGUCAACGUUGCUCUCAUUUUGCACGCCUUCGACAUCACACCGCCCGCGGACGAAAACGGUAAACCCAUCGCAUUACAUGGAGACAUCAUGAUGGCGGAUGGACUUCUCUGCUAUCUUGUAGAAUGUUGAUUUACCAUCAAGCCGCGCUCUCCAGAGGCUGAGGCACUAAUUCGUCAAGCGCAGUUGUUCAUUCAAGUCCGUUUGAAUAGUCAACUCUAGUAAUGUGUGGUUUGUCUGAGGGUUGCACUGUACAGCCAUACACGAUGUGAAUUUCGCACAAGCCCGAAAUUGAGGCGUCUGUCUUCC